AUGCUCCCCUUUCGCAAGUCUCAUCCUCGACAGGCCACAGCGGCGCUACUGCUACUCAUGCUGGCCUCGCUCAUCCCGAUGCUUGCCCUUGGCCGGCCGAUGGAGACCGAACCGCUCAUCGGCUCGGACCCAGCCUUACUCGAAGCCUUGUUCCGGGCCCUAGACCAGGAAGAGGCAGAGUCGUCGUCCUUUGCUGGGUUCGAGCGGCCCCAGGUCGACACGGCGGUCCCAACUGUUGCACAAGAUACCGCCCCACCUGUUGCCCAUCCCUGGCCCUUGUCCGCUCUUCGAAAGGAGGACAGCUUCGACUCCGUCCCCGCCUACACCCAUCCGAGUUUGUUCACUGCCGCCAGACAUGUGUUCCUGCUUGACGACCUCGAAAAAGCCAGCCCCGAAGAGCGCGAACUCGUCUUGCAGAAACUCGUGGACGACCUCCGUCAGAGAGGCUUGCUGAUCUACAACGUCGACCGCUGCUUCUGGGCCGACCCCCCGUAUGGUCUAAUUCCCUUUCGCUACUGGAAGACGGGAAGCAGGAUCAAGCGCCACAUCGACUUUGUCAAGCGCAUGCGCUACAUGACCGCCUUUCGGCCGUCCCAGCAGCCUCCCGCCAAGGACUUCAUCGUCAACAGCUUCCUGAUUCAUUUCCUUGCCGACCAUGAGCGCAGCAACGGCAUCUUCAAGGCUUACUAUGUCAUCGCCGUACCGCUGCAGGAGCUGCUCAAGCCCAAGAACACCAUCGGACAUCCAAGCCUCGCGCUUCGGGUCAAGGAGGUCGGCGAGCUCAUGGUGCCUCUUGAGCAAAGGCCAAGGCCCUCGAAGCGCAAGAGCGGGACCACCAGUCUCGUGCAGCCUUCGUGA